GCUCUCUCGCUACCGCGAGCAAAGAGAGCUCGCGUGCUCCAGUGGCUUCGCGGCGGGCACUCUCUUAGCUGGGAAUCAUUUCAGUUGGCUUUCAGUUGUUUAAUCGUUUGGUUGUGUCGCCAGCCGUCUCCACGACAACGACGCUUCAGGUUUCCACAAUUAGAGAAGACAAUGAAAUGAAACCCCGAACAGCUCGAAUUGAAAUGAAUUUUGAGCUUUGUUGAAUCAAGUGCACACCCGACAAAGGUGCAACGUUGUGUGACCGAAAACCAACAAAAAGCAAUUUGAAAGCGAAACCAAAUAAAAAAUCAGAAUGGCUCAGGUUGUGGCUGGGGAUGAGCGGGUCAACGAAACUGAGAAAUCCGUCAAAUAUGCCUGGCAGAUGAAAGCCAUGGACGCCAAUCGGUAUGCGACGAAGAAGACGAUCGCCCAGGGCAUGCUGGACAUAGCACUGCUGACUGCCAAUGCCUCCCAGUUGAAGUACAUCCUCCAGGUGGGGGAACAGCAUCAGUUUUACAAGCUGAUGCUGAUUCUCAUCAGUCUGUCGAUCGUGAUGCAGGUGGCGGCUGGAAUUUUGCUAGUCAUUCAAUCCCUUAUCAGUAUUCACAAUUCGAAGGAUCGAUCUAUUGGUUUCACCCUCAACCAUUUUGUAGAUGCCUUCAUAUUCUUCUCCGUGUUCUGUGACGUUAUGAAGAUGAAUUUCGGCCUUGACCCGGCAAUACCUCUGCAAAACAAAGACGACGUUGAGGUUUUUAAACCAUAAAUUACUUUUAAUCUGCGUAGGCUUACUUUCAAAUUGUCAUACCUGGCACUUUAUAAAUAACUAUAUUUUGUAUCAUUGAAAUUCUCCGAGUUUUUGGGAUU